AUGUCUUCUCCAUGGAAGAAGCAGCCAGAGGAGGUAGCGGGAGCGGUAUUGAAAAGAGCUGAGUUGAGCAAGAUGGCUCGGAAACUGCAGAAUCGAUUGGCUCUCGCACAAUUCAAAGCCGAAAGGGGUUGGGAAGAUCUUACACUGGAUACAAUAGAACCAAGGAUGGAAGAAGAACUACGAAGAAGACGUCCAACCUCAAGUGGAGAUAUGUUAUCAGACUCAUCCUCCAGCGUUGCGUCUGAGCUACCUUACUCGAACCGAAGAACCUUACUGAGUUCCCCUUUGAAAGCCACCGCCAUAUUUUCCGAUCGAAUUGUAUCAAGUGGUAGCAGCACUGGGCCUAGGAAGAGGUCGUACCACACCACUUUCCAACAACCAAGCUCAACAACUGGAUCUCGAAAAAGAGUUCGCUCUUCCCCCACACCAAGUAGAUUAUUACGUCAACCAAAUAGCUCCUGGAAAAGUCACCGUCAACUAGCCCAAUCAUCUCCUCUCAAGCCACGCAAACCUCACUUCACCACCUCGGCAGGACCGGACCUCUCGUUCUACCGGGGAUCUUCACAUAUGCCAGAUGAUCUUACCUCCCCCAACUUCGCAGCCCCAUCUGACGAUGAAGACAGCCACCUUCCUCUACAUUCCUUUAAUAUCCGUCCUUCGUCUCCGCGAACCCCGUCUCCUAUCAGGAACAGAGGCAAUUCACAGCGUCGAAUCAAAGAAGGUAACGGGAGAUCAGCAGAAGAAGAAGCGGAUCUUUUACUAUAUCUCAGUAGCCCCGCAAAUCCAAUCUCACGAACGAGCAUGAUGCAACCGCCAUCUACACCACCGUCCAGGAAGCUUGAUUUGCCAUCAUCUAUGAUGACUACUCCUAGUUAUAGUGGUGGUCUUUCGAUAUUCGGUGCGCCGGCCACACCUUCACAAGGAUUCGACUUCGCCGAUUUUGUCAAUAUAACCCCGAGUCCCGCUCAAACGACUUGGACUCCAAGAGCUGCAAAGACUCCAUUAACUGUUGCACGUAGGCGCUUGACUUUUGAGAACUUUCAUCCACAAAAUGCAAGCCCAUCAAGGCGUGACAGUCCUGCUUCUAAGCAUACGGGACUUGGCAUGCAAUUAGGUGGUGAUCUUUUACCCUGA